AUGCGCAAAACUGCUCGUUCCGCGGAGACGCCGACGGACGACUGGCGCUCCUCUCUGCGUAGGUUCCGACGCUUCAAAUGCCGAGAAAAGAAAGACUUGCUGUCUCCUGAUACCUUUCCUUUCUGCGUCGCCCAAGAGGCGCCCAGACGGCCCUCACGUUCGCUGAAAAACAGAAAGAAGUUCUCCCUGCACCGCGAAAGACCAAGCCUGCGAGGUCACUGCUUCCUCGCCGUCGCCGGCUGCUUUGCAUUCUCCUUUGCGGCUGCUGGCGGACCAGCGCUAUCUGUCGCUGUGAACUCUGAUCUCUCUUUCUGUUCACGAACGCGCGAGAAGCAGAUUCGCUUUCGUCUUCGCUUCCUCGCGCCUUUCUUCUCUCCGUUUUCUCUUCUCUCCCCGGAACUCCUUCUCUUCGCCUCGCCGCGGUGUGUUUGGCCUUUCUCGGAUUUCUUCUCUUCCUUGAUUCCUUCCGCGGUCCUCUUCCUCUUCGCUGCUUUCUGGCUGGCUGUCCUCUUUCGCUCGACCCUCUUCGCGCGUUCCUCCGAAAUGUCUCGCGUUCUUCGAGGACUGAAGCACAUAGGACAGGGGAGCGAGAAAUACCGUUUCUCUCUCCACGUCGAGUCCGUCCACAUCAACACAAAGGCCGAGAAAACCUUCGCGACUGUCGAAUGGCUCCGAGGUCCGAAGCGCUGCCGCGGCCGGGAGGUCGUGGUGCUCUCUCGAGGCGCAAACACCGUUCGUUUCUCCUCGCAAGAGCUGGUGUUGAUUGCGACCUUGUUUCGCAGCAAGGGAGACGGCGAGAGGGGCGGAGAGAAAGAGGCUCCCUCGAAGCUGAAGAAAUUCUCUCUGCGGCGCCACAGCUCUGUGGCUUCAGAGGCAGGAGUCCCCCCACAAGCUGCGAACGCAGAGACGAGCGGCAGAGACGACACAGAGGCCUCCGCAGCUUGCGUCUACCUCCCCAAGGAAUCGAAGCUUCAGCUGGUGGAAGUCCAGGAGAGUGGGCGACGGUCCUUUCGUUCCUUUGCGUCUUCGCGGUCGCAGCUGGGGGCCUCGGCUCUGGCGUCGCCCCCGGACGCUCACCCUCCGGAGGCUUCCGGGACUUCUCUCUUUCGCCGCGGAGCCUCCAAGCCGGCGUCUGCUGAAUCUGCCAAGUUGGUCGUAGGCAGCAACGUUCUGGGCGAGUGCAGACUGGACCUUGCGCAAUUCGUCAACGGCCGAGAAGGCGACGCUGCAGACGCGCCUCAACGCGUCACGCUCCCCCUGGACAGAUGCGAAGACGCCCAGGCCUCGAUCACCUUCCUCGUCUCCUGGACGCUUCUCGGAUCGGCGGUCGACGGAGAGGACGACGACGCGGUGUCUCUGCACUCGGGACUUGUAUCGCUGGCAAGCGAAGAGACCUUUUUCAAGCAGCCUGUGUCGAGUUCUGUCGCUUCGCUGCUGCGCGUCUCCCCGGCGCCCGUUCACCCCCCCCUGGGGAAGGAGACAGGUGUCUCCUUGCCAGCGCACCAGACCGAGACAGGCGCCUCUGAAGGCCGACGGACGCUGUCGCUGUCGGUCAGCGACGCGGACGCAGCGACGCGAGGUCUCUCUCCCCAGGAGCAGCUGAGAAAUAUCUUCGCUAAGCGAGGGCCGGAGAGUCAGCGAGAGGAGGGAGACCGAGGCAGAGCACAGCAGAGGAAAGAACAGAAGGGGGAAGAGGACGGAGAGAAGAAGGAUGCAGAGGCGAAAGUCGAGAAGAACAAGGAGACAGAAGGGAAGAGCGAUGGCACUCCGAGCCGCCCUCUGGGGGCAGCGUCGGUUACCGAGAUGCUGAAGGCGCGAGAGCGAUCGAUAGCAGCGCAGAACAUGGGAGAGGACCGAGCGCGAGAAUUCCUCCCGACGCGCUCUCCAGUUCCGUCGCCGGCGUCGGAGGUCUCCACGAGAGGUAGCUCUUUGCCCGUGGCGGCGUCGCCGGCGCAGGAGCAGCGAACCGAGGCAGAGAAGCCGAAUGUCGGAGGCCAAAGCAAAACGCUUUCUUCCCUGCUUUCGCGACGCCUGAGGAAGGACGGAGUCGCCGCAGCUGCAUGCAAGGAACAGGCGACUGCCGAGGAAAGCAAAGUACUGCAGUUGCUGCAGCGCGUCUCCGACCUCGAACGGCGGAACGAAGAACACCAGCGACUUCUCGUCAAGGCGCAACAGGCCCUCGAGGCGAAGGAGAGCGCAGAGAGAGACGAGUACGAGAAAAAGAUCCGGAAUCUGUUUUCGCAAAUCGAGGAGCUGCACUCUGCUCUCGCGAAUGCUCAAGAGCAGCAACUCACCACGGUGCAGCAACUCGAGGAAGAGCGCGCGAAGGCGAAGGGUGGACGCGGAGACAAGGAGACUACGGGGAAGAAUGCCGUAUCUCCGACGGCCUACGGGACGCUGCAGGAGGAACUCAACCAGCUGAAGGCUCAGAUGAAGCAGGCGGAGCAAACGCAUGCAGAGGUGGAACUGCAGUAUCGCAUGCGGCAGAAACAACAGCAAGAAAAGAUCGACGCGCUUCAGGCGUCGUUGCAGAACCAGCAAGAGGAGGCACAUGCAGAGCGCGCCGCACUGCAGGCCUUGCUGCGAGAGCAGCAGACGACCGAGGAGAGCAAAGACGAAACGGUGCGAGUUUUGACGAAGGAGAAUCGACUGCUGGAGGAGCAACGGGAGCUUCUGCGACAACAGUGCGAGCAGACGGAACAGAAACUCUGUCAAAGUCAAGACCAUCUGAGAGAGGAGACAGCUGCGAGAGAGAAAGCCGAGCGAGAGCUGGCACACCUUCGCUCUGCUCUCGGCGACACAGACGAAGACCCCCUCCGACACCAGCUUCUGACUCUGCAGCAGGAAGUCUCUGAGUUGACAGCGACGCGAGACGAACUUCGCCGUCAGAAAGAACGCGACGAACAGGCCCACCUUCAACAGCUUCACCAGCUGCAGGAGCAGCUGCGUGUCACUCGCGACCAGCAACAGGAGCGGAUCCAUAUCGUCGAACAGGAGAAAGUGACUCUCAGAAUGCAGGUGCUGGCACUGGAGCACGAGAUCAGUUACUGUCCGAAGUCGCCUGGAGAGCGCGACUUUGCCGCGAACGAGCAGUUCGCGAAAAAGAAAAUGGGGACCUCUCUCAGCUCUUCCCUCGCCCCGUCCGCGAACCUAGGGGGAAACGCGGACGAAGCAGCGGCAGCGCGCGAGCGAAGAGAGGCCGAAAAACGCACUGCGCAGUUGAUUGAAGAACUCGAAAUGGACCUCGUGAAGACGAAGAUCGAACUGGCCUUGGCAGAACAGCAACGCGCAGAAGAUCUCGAUUUAUGCAAGAACAAAGUGGCGUCUCUCAAGGAUACGAUUCUCAGCUACGCGGCCGUCGUCUCGGAUCUUGAGGUGCAAGUUGCCGACUUGAAACUACAGGCGCAGUCGCGAGACUUCUUUUCCUCGACGGCGACGGCGCGUCGUCUGCGUCCGAUUCGUUCUCUGAAGUCUUUCUUCCGUGCAGCUUCGUCUUCGCGCUGCUCGAGUUCGCAGCAGUCUCCCCAGCAGCUGCCGCACCAAGGCGCCCUGCACGCGUCUCAGGACCAAGACGCGCGGGUGUCUCCGUCCAGCCUGUCGGGAGCGUUGUCACCUCUCAACUCGCGGCUGCGGUCUGCGCCUCCUCUCGCGGAGGGAGAAGGAACUGGUCGAGGAGAGGAGACGCGGGAGAGGCGCGCGUCUCCGCUGCCGUCGACGUACAGGAAACAGUCGUCGCAUGUGGUUGUCUUCGAUGCUGACGACCUCUCGUUCUCGUCGACUUCGCUGCUACAGAAGAGAGACCGAGACUCUCGAGGCGAAGGCGCGGACAAACGCGGAACUGGCUGUCCGCCUCUACCUGUGCAUGCGACGAAACCUCCGCCUCGUUCCGAGUCGUUUCGCUUUCGCCUCCGCUCCUCCACGCAAGCCUGCAGGCGCGAACGUUCGGAGGAAGGGAAAAUCAGCUUUUCAGGCAAAAGCCGCGAAACUGACGGACCUGCGAGCUCCGGAGAAAGCGGUUCGUGGACAUCUGGACGGCGAAGCAGGGAAGCAGAAAUGCAUGCAUGCAACUGA